AUGGCGCAGGUGCCAGGGGAAGUGGACAACAUGGAGGGGCUGCCCGCCUCCAAUAACAACAACCCCGCAGCCCGCUGGGACAGCCCAGAUCGGGGCUGGGAGCGGGAGCCGCCGGCCGCCUCCACCGCCGCCGCCUCGCUCUUCGAGUGCUCCCGGAUCAAGGCCUUGGCAGACGAGCGGGAGGCCGUGCAGAAGAAGACUUUCACCAAGUGGGUGAACUCACACCUCGCCCGCGUGGGCUGCCACAUCGGGGACCUCUACACGGACCUCCGCGAUGGCUUCGUGCUCACGCGGCUCCUGGAAGUGCUGUCAGGGGAGCAGCUGCCGAGGCCCACACGCGGCCGCAUGCGGAUCCACUCGCUGGAGAACGUGGACAAGGCGCUGCAGUUCCUCAAGGAGCAGCGUGUGCACCUGGAGAACGUGGGUUCGCACGACAUCGUGGACGGGAACCACCGGCUGACGCUGGGGCUGGUGUGGACCAUCAUCCUGCGCUUCCAGAUUCAAGUCAUCAAAAUUGAGACCGAGGACAACAGAGAGACGCGCUCGGCCAAGGACGCCUUGCUCCUGUGGUGCCAGAUGAAGACGGCAGGUUACCCGGAAGUAAACAUCCAGAAUUUCACCACCAGCUGGCGGGAUGGCUUAGCCUUCAACGCCCUCAUUCACCGGCACAGGCCCGACCUCGUGGACUUCAGCAAACUCACCAAGUCCAAUGCCAACUACAACCUGCAGAGAGCCUUCCGCACUGCUGAGCAGCACCUGGGGCUGGCCCGGCUGCUGGACCCUGAAGAUGUGAACAUGGAAACUCCAGAUGAGAAAUCCAUCAUCACCUACGUGGUCUCUUUCUACCACUACUUCUCCAAGAUGAAGGCUCUGGCUGUGGAGGGGAAGCGGAUUGGGAAGGUCCUGGAUCAGGUGUUGGAGGUGGGAAAGAUCAUAGAGCGCUAUGAGGAGCUUGCAGCCGAGCUGCUGGCCUGGAUCCACCGCACUGUGGGCCUCAUCAGCAACCAGAAGUUUGCCAACUCACUGAGUGGGGUGCAGCAGCAGCUACAGGCGUUCACGGCCUACUGCACUCUGGAGAAGCCAGUCAAGUUCCAGGAGAAGGGGAACCUGGAGGUGCUGCUCUUCAGUAUCCAGAGCAAACUGCGAGCCUGCAACCGGCGCCUCUUUGUGCCUCGGGAGGGCUGUGGCAUCUGGGAUAUUGACAAGGCCUGGGGCCAGCUGGAAAAGGCAGAACACGAGCGGGAAGCUGCCCUCCGGGCUGAGCUGAUCCGGCAGGAGAAGCUGGAGCUUCUAGCUCAGAGGUUUGACCACAAAGUGGCUAUGAGAGAGAGCUGGCUGAAUGAGAACCAGCGCCUGGUUUCCCAGGAUAACUUUGGAUAUGAGCUGCCAGCAGUGGAGGCAUCCAUGAAGAAGCACGAAGCCAUUGAGGCGGACAUUGCAGCCUACGAGGAGCGGGUUCAGGGCGUGGCAGAGCUGGCCCAGGCACUGGCGGCUGAAGGCUACUAUGAUGCCCGGAGGGUGGCAGCCCAGCGUGACAGUGUCCUGCGCCAGUGGGCCCUGCUGACUGGGCUGGUAGGCGCCCGGCGGACGCGGCUCGAGCAGAACCUGGCCCUACAGAAGGUCUUCCAGGAGAUGGUGUACAUGGUGGACUGGAUGGAAGAGAUGCAGGCACAGCUGCUGUCCCGGGAGUGCGGGCAGCACCUGGUAGAGGCGGAGGACCUGCUGCAGAAGCACGGGCUGCUGGAGGGGGACAUCACGGCCCAGAGCGAGCGGGUGGAGGCCCUCAACGCCGCUGCCCUGCGUUUCUCCCAGCUGCAGGGCUACCAGCCCUGCGACCCUCAGGUCAUCUGUAACCGUGUGAACCACGUGCACGGCUGUCUGGCGGAGCUGCAGGAGCAGGCGGCCCAGCGGCGCGCGGAGCUGGAGGCCUCGCGGAGCCUGUGGGCGCUGCUGCAGGAGCUGGAGGAGGCCGAGAGCUGGGCGCGCGACAAGGAGCGCCUCCUGGAGGCCGCGGGCGGCGGCGCGGCGGGCAGCGCGCACGACCUGUCCAGCACCGCGCGCCUGCUGGCGCAGCACAAGAUCCUGCAGGGCGAGCUGGGCGGGCGCCGGGCGCUGCUGCAGCAGGCGCUGCGGCGCGGCGAGGAGCUGGCUGCGGCCGGCGGGGCCGUGGGCCCGGGCGCCGAGAUGGUGCACUUGGCCGGCCUGGCGGAGCGCGCAGCGAGCGCGCGGCGCCGCUGGCAGCGGCUGGAAGAGGCGGCGCAGCGGCGGGAGCGGCGGCUGCAGGAGGCGCGGGCGCUGCACCAGUUCGGCGCUGAGCUCGACGGGCUCCUGGACUGGCUUCGCGACGCGUACCGCCUGGCAGCAGCUGGCGACUUUGGCCACGACGAAGCGUCCAGCCGCCGCCUGGCGCGCCAGCACCGCGCUCUCACUGGGGAGGUGGAGGCGCAUCGCGGGCCCGUGGGUGGCCUGCGGCGCCAGCUGGCGACACUGGGGGGCGCCAGCGGGGCCGGGCCGCUGGUGGUGGCGCUGCAGGUGCGCGUGGUGGAGGCGGAGCAGUUAUUCGCCGAGGUGACCGAGGUGGCCGCGCUGCGGCGCCAGUGGCUGCGGGACGCCCUCGCCGUCUACCGCAUGUUCGGCGAGGUGCACGCGUGCGAGCUGUGGAUCGGCGAGAAGGAACAAUGGCUGCUCGCCAUGCGCGUACCCGAUUCGCUCGAUGACGUCGAAGUGGUGCAGCACCGAUUUGAGAGCCUGGACCAGGAGAUGAACAGUCUGAUGGGCCGCGUCCUGGACGUGAACCACACGGUGCAGGAGCUGGUGGAAGGCGGCCACCCCAGCUCGGAGGAGGUGCGCUCCUGCCAGGACCACCUCAACAGCAGGUGGAACCGCAUCGUGGAGCUGGUGGAACAGCGCAAGGAGGAGCUGGGCGCGGUGCUGCUGGUGGAGAACCACGUGCUGGAGGUAGCCGAGGUGCGCUCGCAGGUGCGCGAGAAGCGGCGGGCGGUGGAGAGCGCGCCCCGCGCCGGCGGCGCCCUGCAGUGGCGCCUGAGCGGCCUGGAGGCCGCGCUGCAAGCGCUCGAGCCGCGCCAGGAAGCCCUGCUGGAGGAGGCGGCCCUGCUGGCGGCGCGCUUCCCCGCGCAGGCGGCACGGCUGCACCAGGGCGCCGAGGAGCUGGGCGCCGAAUGGGGCGCGCUGGCCAGCGCUGCCCAAGCAUGCGGCCAGGCGGUGGCGGCGGCAGGGCGCCUGCAACGCUUUCUGCACGACCUGGACGCCUUCCUGGACUGGCUGGUGCGCGCCCAGGAGGCGGCGGCCGGCGGCGAGGGGCCCCUGCCCGGCAGCCUGGAGGAGGCUGACGCGCUGCUGGCGCGCCACGCGGCGCUCAAGGAGGAGGUGGACCGGCGCGAGGAGGACUACGCGCGCAUCGUGGCGGCCAGCGAGGCGCUGCUGGCGGCCGACGGCGCCGAGCUGGGCCCCGGGCUGGCGCUCGACGAGUGGCUGCCCCACCUCGAAGUCGGCUGGCACAAGCUGCUGGGCCUGUGGGAGGCGCGCAGGGAGGCGCUGGUGCAGGCGCACGUCUACCAGCUCUUCCUGCGUGACCUGCGCCAGGCGCUCGCCGUGCUCCGCAACCAGGAGCUGGCACUGUCUGGGGUGGAGCUCCCGGGCACGGUGGAGGCCGUGGAGGAGGCGCUGAAGCGGCACCGGGAUCUCCUCACCACAAUGGAGCUGAACCAGCAGAAGCUGCAGGUGGCCGUGCAGGCUGCCGAGGGCCUGCUGAGGCAGGGCAACGCCUACGGCGAGCAGGCCCAGGAGGCGGUGGCCCGGCUGCUGGAGAAGAACCAAGAAAACCAGCUACGGGCCCAGCACUGGAUGCAGAAACUUCAAGACCAGCUCGGGCUGCAGCACUUCCUCCGAGACUGCCACGAGCUGGAUGGGUGGAUCCAUGAGAAGAUGCUGAUGGCGCGCGACGGCACGCGGGAAGACAGCCACAAGCUGCACAAGAGAUGGCUCCGGCACCAGGCGUUCAUGGCCGAGCUGGCUCAGAAUAAGGAGUGGCUGGAGAAGAUCGAGAGGGAGGGCCAGCAGCUGAUGCAGGAGAAGCCGGAGCUGGCGGCCUCGGUGCGGAAGAAGCUGGGCGAGAUCCGGCAGUGCUGGGCGGAGCUGGAGAGCACCACGCAGGCCAAGGCCCGCCAGCUGUUCGAGGCCAGCAAGGCCGACCAGCUGGUGCAGAGCUUCGCCGAGCUGGACAAGAAGCUGCUUCACAUGGAGAGCCAGCUGCAGGACGUGGACCCCGGAGGGGACCUGGCCACCGUCAACAGCCAGCUCAAGAAGCUGCAGUCAAUGGAGUCACAGGUGGAGGAGUGGUACCGCGAGGUGGGAGAACUGCAGGCGCAGACGGCGGCGCUGCCGCUGGAGCCGGCGAGCAAGGAGCUGGUGGGCGAGCGGCAGAACGCGGUGGGCGAGCGCCUGGUGCGCCUGCUUGAGCCGCUGCAGGAGCGCCGUCGCUUGCUGCUGGCCUCCAAGGAGCUGCACCAGGUGGCGCACGACCUGGACGACGAGCUGGCCUGGGUUCAGGAGCGGCUGCCACUGGCCAUGCAGACAGAGCGGGGCAGUGGUUUGCAGGCUGUCCAGCAGCACAUCAAAAAGAACCAGGGCCUGCGGCGAGAGAUCCAAGCCCACGGGCCGCGCCUGGAGGAGGUGCUGGAGCGAGCGGGCGCGCUGGCGUCGCUGCGCAGCCCCGAGGCCGAGGCGGUGCGCCGGGGCCUGGAGCAGCUGCAGGGCGCCUGGGGCGGCCUGCGGGAAGCGGCCGAGCGGCGGCAGCAGGCGCUGGACGCCGCCUUCCAGGUGGAGCAGUACUAUUUCGACGUGGCCGAGGUGGAGGCGUGGCUGGGCGAGCAGGAGCUGCUCAUGAUGAGUGAGGACAAGGGCAAGGACGAGCAGAGCACGCUGCAGCUGCUGAAGAAGCACUUGCAGCUGGAGCAGGGGGUGGAGAACUACGAGGAGAGCAUCGCGCAGCUGUCGCGGCAGUGCCGGGCGCUGCUGGAGAUGGGGCACCCGGACAGCGAGCAGAUCAGCCGGCGGCAGUCGCAGGUGGACCGGCUGUACGUGGCCCUCAAGGAGCUGGGCGAGGAGCGCAGGGUGGGCCUGGAGCAGCAGUACUGGCUGUACCAGCUCAGCCGCCAGGUGGACGAGCUGGAGCACUGGAUUGCCGAGAAGGAGGUGGUGGCCGGCUCGCCGGAGCUGGGCCAGGACUUCGAGCACGUCUCAGUGCUGCAGGAGAAAUUCUCCGAGUUUGCCAAUGAGACGGGCACGGCAGGGCGGGAGCGGCUGGCGGCCGUGAACCAGAUGGUGGAUGAGCUGAUCGAGUGUGGCCACACGGCAGCAGCCACCAUGGCCGAGUGGAAGGACGGGCUGAACGAGGCCUGGGCCGAGCUGCUGGAGCUCAUGGGCACCCGCGCCCAGCUGCUGGCUGCCUCUCGGGAGCUGCACAAGUUCUUCAGCGACGCCCGGGAGCUUCAGGGACAGAUCGAGGAGAAACGGAGGCGGCUGCCCCGCCUGACGGCGCCGCCGGAGCCGAGACCCAGCGCCAGCUCCAUGCAGCGCUCCCUGCGAGCCUUCGAACAUGACCUGCAGCUCCUCGUGUCCCAGGUCCGGCAGCUGCAGGAGGGGGCCGCCCAGCUGCGGACGGUGUACGCGGGGGAGCACGCCGAGGCCAUCGCCGGCCGGGAGCAGGAGGUGCUGCAGGGCUGGAAGGAGCUGCUGGCCGCCUGCGAGGAUGCCCGCCUACACGUCAGCUCCACAGCCGACGCCCUGCGCUUCCACAGCCAGGCCCGCGACCUGCUCUCCUGGAUGGAUGGCAUCGCUGGCCAGAUUGGGGCCGCCGACAAGCCCAGGGACGUGUCGUCCGUGGAGGUGCUCAUGAACUACCACCAGGGCCUGAAGGCCGAGCUGGAGGCGCGGGUGCCCGAGCUGACCGCCUGCCAGGAACUGGGGCGCUCCCUGUUGCUCAACAAGAGUGCCGUGGCUGACGAGAUCCAGGCGCAGCUGGACAAGCUGGGAACCAGGAAGGAGGAGGUGUCGGACAAGUGGGACCGCCACUGGGAGUGGCUGCAGCAGAUGCUGGAGGUGCACCAGUUCGCUCAGGAGGCCGUGGUCGCCGAUGCCUGGCUGACAGCCCAGGAGCCACUGCUGCAGAGCUGGGAGCUGGGCAGCAGCGUGGACGAGGUGGAGCAGCUGAUCCGGAGACACGAGGCCUUCCGCAAAGCGGCCGCCGCCUGGGAGGAGAGGUUCAGCUCCCUGCGGCGCCUGACCACGAUCGAGAAACUCAAAGCGGAACAGAGCAAGCAGCCGCCCACUCCCCUGCUGGGGCGCAAGUUCUUCGGGGACCCCACGGAACUGGCGGCCAAGGCGGCGCCCCUGCUGCGGCCCGCGGGCUACGACAGGGGCUUGGAGCCCCUGGCCCGCCGGGCUUCGGACACGUUGUCGGCCGAGGUGCGGACCCGGGUCGGGUACGUGCGCCAGGAGCUCAAGCCCGAGCGCCUCCAGCCGCGCAUCGACCGGCUGCCCGAGGUCGCGGGCAGGGCGGAGACCACGGCCCCGCCGGCAGCUCCGGAGGACGCGGCCGAGACCCCGGGGACCCCUGCGGCGGCGGAGCAGGUCCGGCCACGGCCCGAGCGCCAGGAAUCCGCGGACCGCGCGGAGGAGCUGCCCAGGCGGCGGCGGCCGGAGCGGCAGGAGUCGGUCGAUCCCUCCGAGGAGGCCACGCGGAGGCGGCGGCCGGAGCGGCAGGAGACGGCGGAGCACGAGGCGGCACACAGCCUCACCCUGGGCCGCUACGAGCAGAUGGAGCGGCGGCGCGAGCGGCGGGAGCGGCGCUUGGAGCGGCAGGAGUCCAGCGAGCAGGAGAUGCCCACCAGGGGAGACCUGGCCAAGGGGAAGGCCACUCUGGCUGACAUCGUGGAGCAGCUGCAGGAGAAAGAGGCCGGCCCAGGGCUCCCUGCGGGGCCGGCGCUGCCUCAGCCUCGCGAGCUUCCCCCCGGCCGCCUGCCCAACGGGCUUGAGCCGCCCGAGCGGACACCUCGGCCGGACCGGCCGCGGGCGCGGGACCGGCCCAAGCCGCGACGGCGGCCGCGGCCUCGCGAGGGUGGUGAGGGCGGGGGAAGCCGGCGCUCGCGCUCCGCCCCGGCCCAGGGCGGCUCCGCCCCCGCGCCUCCGCCUCCGCCCACUCACACUGUGCAGCACGAGGGCUUCCUGCUGCGCAAGCGCGAGCUCGACGCUAACCGCAAGUCGUCGAACCGGUCGUGGGUAAGCCUGUACUGCGUGCUCAGCAAAGGGGAGCUGGGCUUCUACAAGGACGCCAAGGGCCCGGCCUCGGGGGGGACACACGGCGGGGAGCCCCUGCUCAGCCUGCACAAGGCCACCAGCGAGGUGGCCAGCGACUACAAGAAGAAGAAGCAUGUCUUCAAGCUCCAGACCCAGGACGGCAGCGAGUUUUUGCUCCAAGCUAAAGACGAGGAGGAGAUGAGUGGCUGGCUGGAGGCUGUGGCCGCCUCCGUGGCGGAACACGCCGAGAUCGCCCGCUGGGGCCAGACGCUGCCCACCACGUCGUCCACCGACGAGGGCAACCCCAAGCGGGAAGGCGGGGAGCGCAGGGCCAGUGGGCGCCGGAAGUGACCUGACUCCCCUGCCCGGGUCCACACCCGUCUCCUCGCCCCUCCUCUCAGCACUGUGGGCACAAAGACACUUUCUCCUCCGCGGGGGCCGGAGCCCCUCGUUCCAUCACUGCGGACGCGCCAUGACGGGCACUG